AUGAUUUUAUUAUACUUAAUUGUGGAACAAAAAACACACAUUCGCAUGGUUUUGCGAAUUGUAAACUUCUAUUCUUCAACGAAAUUCUGCAAAAGUCUGUCCACUUGUCGGCAAUAUCUUUUGCAGGACGGUUUUCGUGGACAGAAAAAUGACGACGGCACCGAAUCGUUAUUCUAUGUCGCACCAUGGUACAAACACGGAGAACCGGUAUUCCGCCGAGCAUAUCUGGAUUCGGCCGAUAAGACGUUGGCCAGUUCCGGCCGUAAUGGCCAGGAAAGUGCCGGCCCUAAGACUGGCUCACAAUAA